CAAUAGAUACGGAAAGCCCAUUCCUCCUGAUCCGUAUUGUUAAUCACAAAAACCCUAAUUGCUGCCCUUGGACAUUCCCCAACGGAGAGACAACACCAGGAGGCGGAGAGCCAUCCAAAAUGGUGACUUACAAGUUCCAUCAGUAUCAGGUGGUGGGGAGAGGUCUGCCGACGGAGACGGAUGAGCACCCGCGGAUUUAUCGUAUGAAACUUUGGGCCACAAAUGAAGUCCGCGCCAAGUCCAAAUUCUGGUAUUUCUUGAGGAAGCUUAAGAAGGUGAAGAAGAGCAAUGGUCAGAUUCUUGCUAUAAAUGAGAUAUUUGAGAAGAAUCCAACUACAAUCAAGAACUAUGGAAUCUGGUUGCGGUACCAAAGUAGAACCGGUUAUCACAACAUGUACAAAGAGUACCGUGAUACCACCUUGAAUGGUGCUGUCGAGCAGAUGUAUACUGAGAUGGCCUCCCGUCAUAGGGUCCGUCAUCACUGCAUCCAAAUUAUCAAGACAGCCACUAUUCCUGCUAAGCUUUGCAAGAGGGAAAGUACCAAGCAAUUCCAUGACUCUAAGAUCAAGUUCCCAUUGGUGUUUAGGAAGGUGAGGCCACCAACCAGGAAGCUUAAGACCACUUACAAAGCAUCCAGGCCAAACUUGUUUAUGUAAUCUGCUGGAGCAAAAAGCUACCAAGCUUCUACUCGAUUUCUGCAGUUUUCUCUUUGAGGGGUCCGAGGGGAUAAAUAUUAUUACUUCUGCAUUAUUUGAUUGUUGUUACACUUUUAAGAAUUGUUGUCAUCUUUUUGCUAGACUCCAUGCGAAUUUGACCGGCCAACAUUAUUAGUUAUUGGGUGCGCUACAACUGUGUCAAAAAUUUUCUUGAAGAUGGAGAAGGUUGUCAGCUUGCUGAAAAUUAUGUAUGAAUCAUGCCUCUUCCUACACUAA